CACAACACAAAACGGACAUGAAAAUCAUAUACUCGUACAUAACAUUGCUGUGGAUACAAUUGCUGGUGGCAGACGCAUCACGGACUCUGGACAGCUUGUCGGAUUAUUUGGAGAGCCAUGAUCUAACCGGAGUGGGUAAUACUAAGCACUGCUUUGUCAGCUAUUUGCCGCAGUUGGAGCAAGUGGGCGAUACCUGGUCGAAGGAGUACAAUGCUUGUGUGCAGAAUGCGACCACAGUGCGUGGCGAUGUGUUGACCAAAGUGGAUGGUGUGCAGCAGAUAAUAAGGAAGAGUGCACAGGGAAUAGACAGCUACAUUGAGAAUUGCCUGGCUAUCGAGGAUGUCUUGGAUUUCUUCAAUUGCUUUGGCAGUCUGUCGAAGCAACAGUUGACCAACAUGUACGAGAUAUCCUUCAAUGCCUCGGAGAAUGCUUUGAGCCUUACACAGCAGCUGAAUGGCAUUGAGGCGGAGCGUUACCUCUGCACCAAUCGCACCGAAGAGAACUAUGUUCUGGGCACGGCAAACGUUUUCGAUGCUCUAGACAAAUGCCUCCAGCAGGCAGCAGCAAAUGUUGUGAAAAUUGUAGAUUAA